CAUAUAAUAGAUAGAUAUUAAUCAUUCAUGACUGAAAUAGAUAAAGAUAUAUCCAAGGCAAUUUGGCAUGGCAAAAUCCCUAUACAGCUUGUAUUGAAUCCUGUCGAUCCAAUGGAUACUCUCUUCAUGGAAGUACCUCGUUAUUCUUAUUUGCCUUUAGUGACCUCUCAUCUGACUUCACAGACAGAACGAUAUCAUGCUACUGAUCCACAUUCUAUUUGGUACGAAUAUGAAGGUGAACCCUUGAAGUGGCAUUAUCCUAUCGGGUUAUUAUACGAUAUGAUUCUACGUAUGGGUACCUCGAUACAAGGACAACAACGAGAACAACAAACUCCUUCACUUCCUUGGCGUAUUAUAGUUCAUGAUGAUCAUUUCCCCGAGACAAUAUUACUAAGAAAUCCAGGUCUGGAAACUAUGCAAGAUAUGUAUAUGUCAAUGAUCAAAGAGGCAGAUUUCUUACGACAUGGCAGUACGAAAAGGGUGAUGAACUUAUCAAAACAAGAUCAGUCCCAAUUAUGGCAAGCACUCUUUUCAGAGAAAUAUGAAGAUUAUUGGCGCGUGAAUCAAACUAUUUUGGAUGAUCGUGGGAUAGGAGUAAGAUCUGUACCUCUUCGACUAUAUUUACCUGAUCAAGCACCAGUGAUACAAGAUAUUGCACCUUUCACCAACGAAAAAGGUGAUUCUUGUACUUUGGGAGAUGUUUUACAUUCAAUUUUACCAAGUUUAUUUAUGGCAGACUAUACAACUAAAGACACCAACCUCAUUGUCGUGAUUCAUGGGAUCCAAUUGCCACUACAAACACCUAUCCGGUGGACCUCUGAUCAUUUGGCGUAUCCUGACAAUUUUUUACACCUUGUCAUUUGCAAAUCAUCAUAGUACUUGAUUCCUUCUAUUAUUAUUAUUAUUAUUAUUGAUUAUUAUUUAUUACCAGUAGUUAUUCCCCCACAUUUGUAUAUCUAUCUACAUGUUGCAUUUUUGAA